UUUUGGGCUGUUGGUUGGACUCAGGCGGCAGAGGCAUCGUCUUCAUCAACGAAUGAUUCACCCGCGGUGGAUGAAGUGGUAAGUGAGGCUGUGGCGAAGGAAUCCGCGAGGGAUGAGGUUCGAUCCGUUGAUCUGGCCAACGGCGAUGGUGCGAAGCAGUCGGAUGUGGAGAAAUCGCCAGAGGCGACGGUGGAAGAUGUAGGUGCUUCUGUAACUGACACGGAGAAAGCAAAAUUGAAUGGGCCAGCAGGGAAUCGAGGAAAAAAGGGGCAACUGAAAUCACAUGCUGGGGAUGCAUGGGGGAAACUUCUUUCUCAGUCCUCACAGAAUCCUCAUGUUGUUCUGCACCAUCCUACUUUCACUGUUGGUCAAGGCAGCCAAUGUGACUUGUGGGUAGGAGAUCCAUCAGUUGGUAAAUCUUUGUGUAAUCUGAAGCACAUGGAGUCAGAGGGUGGAGAAUCAAUUACUUUACUUGAAAUAACUGGAAAGAAAGGAUCUGUCCAAGUGAAUGGCAAGUCUUGCACUAAAGAUUCCACUGUACAACUAAAGGGAGGUGAUGAGGUGGUCUUUAGCUCGUCUGAUAAACAUGCAUAUGUUUUCCAACAACUCGUAAAUAAUAAAGCAUCUGUUUCAGACGUGCCACCAGUCAACAUAUUAGAAGCCCAUGGUGGACCAAUAAAAGGACUACAUAUUGAUGCAAGAUCAGGAGAUCCUUCUACUGUUGCAGUUGCUUCAACACUGGCAUCUUUAUCGAAUCCAAGGAAAGAAUUAUCAUUUCGUCCUUCAUCAUCUCCGAAUGAUGAGGAUGCACAACAAGGUUCUGAAUUGCCAUCUGGACCUGCUGCUUGUGAAGUGUUAGAUAAUGGUGUCUUGGAUGCUGACAUGAAGGACUCCUCUGACAAUAAUGAUGAGCCUAUUGUUUCAUUGGGUGAGAAGACCACCAUUCCAUCCCCUUGCGCUGCCAAUGAAAACUUGAAUAUUGAUGCUGAGACUGGGAAGAUCGUAUCUGAAACCAGUGACUUGAGGCCAUUUCUACGCAUUCUUGCAGGAUCAACAGCUCCUGAGUUGGAUAUAAAUUUUAGCAUUUCAAAAAUCAUCAAUGAGCAUAUGGGAGUAAGAGAUCGACACAAGGAUUCUGAUCCUCCUAUUUCAGUAUCAUCAAGGCGUCAAGCAUUCAGAGAUGGUUUACAAGAGGGAAUUCUGGAUUCCAAAUAUAUUGAUGUUUCAUUUGAAAAUUUUCCUUAUUAUCUAAGUGAAACCACGAAGCAUGUUCUGAUUGCUUCGGCAUAUAUACCUCUGAAGUCUAAUAAAUUUGCGAAGUUUACGUCUGAUCUCUCUACGGUGUGUCCUAGAAUCUUAUUAUCUGGACCUGCAGGUUCAGAAAUAUACCAGGAAACAUUGACCAAGGCACUUGCUAAACACACUGGUGCAAGGCUUCUUAUAGUUGAUUCUAUUCUAUUGCCCGGUGGACCAACAAUGAAGGAAGCUGAUCCUGUAAAAGAAACUUCAAAGCCUGAAAGAGCAAGUGUAUUUGCUAAACGGGCUGCUGCUGCUGCACUACAUCUCAAAAAACCUACAUCAAGUGUUGAGGCAGAUAUAACUGGGGGAUCUGCCGUCAGUUCUCAGGCUCAGCCAAAGCAGGAGGCGUCCACUGCUUCAUCAAAAAACUACGCUUUCAAAAAAGGUGAUAGGGUGAAGUAUGUGGGUUCUUUACCAUCAGGGUUUUCUCCUCAAACGCCAAUAAGGUAAAUGAGCUACCUAUCUAAGAUCAAAUUCCUGUAC